UCGCGAGCGCACGCAGCGUGUGGAGGGCGGCGCGCGACAGAGGAAGACAAGACGAGAAUAAGGAGAAUAAAAAGCAAUAAAUAACAAAACAAGAAAAAAAAUCAAUCACGGACAAACCUAUGGUUGGAAUUCGGCUAUUUUUCCCUUCGCUAAUGCAAAAGGAAAUAUGCAGCGAAGCUUUACCCUGCUCUGCACCAGUUUUCUGGGGGUGUGCUUAAGUACAAGUUUCCCAAGUAAUAUCAAUAUAGGGGGUCUCUUCCCCACCGGCUCCCACGAAUAUGAGGUGUUUCGCUUUGCACUCUCACACCACCAGGAGAUCCCCAAACUGGUACCCCAGGUGGACAUGGUCAAUAUCAGCGACAGCUUCGCAAUGACAUACGCCUUUUGUUCGCAGUUUUCCAAGGGGGUGUACGCCAUCAUUGGACUGUAUGACAGGAAGACAGUGAACAUGCUGAUGUCCUUCUGCGGGGCGCUACACGUCUGCUUCGUCACACCCAGCUUCCCCAUUGAAACCUCCAACCAAUUCGUGAUUCAGCUGCGUCCUGAGCUGCAGGAUGCCCUGGUUGGAGUCAUUGAGCACUACAAGUGGACCAAGUUCGUAUACAUGUACAGUUCCCAUUCGGGACUCACCGUAAUGCAAAAGGUCCUGGACACAGCAGCAGAGAAGAACUGGCUUGUAACUUCUGUGAACCUUGAGACGAUGACAGAAGCAGCAUUUAUGAAGUUCUUCCAGGAUCUGGACAAGAAGAAAGAGGGACAGAUUGUCAUUGACUGCGAGGUGGAGCGGCUUGUCGCAAUUCUCAAUCUAAUUGCAUCCAAAGUGAAGAACUUGAAGAGCUAUCAUUACAUACUGGCAAACCUGGGCUUCCUGGACAUGAACCUGACGGAGUUCAGGAACAGUGGCGCUAAUGUGACCGGAUUCCAGCUGGUGAACCAUUCUGACCCAGCUGUCAGUCGGGUGGCACAACAGUGGCUUGAGUUUGACAACAAAGACUCCAAGAUCAUCAAGAGGACACUCAAGUACUCCGGGGCUCUCACCUAUGACGGCGUGAGUGUGAUGUCCACUGCCUUCCAGAACCUCCGUAGGCAACGUAUAGACAUUUCCCGUCGAGGCAAUGCUGGCGACUGCCUGGCCAACCCCCCAGCACCAUGGGGGCAGGGUAUUGACAUCCAGAGAGCCCUGCAGCAGGUUCGAAUAGAUGGUCUAACUGGACACAUCCAGUUCAAUGAAAAAGGACGGCGGACAAACUAUACUGUGAGCGUGAUGGAGCUAAGACUAGCUGGACCCAAAAAAGUGGGGUACUGGAAUGAAGAUGAGAAGUACGUGAGCACGGCAACAUAUGCACCAGGCAGCAACGAAACCUAUGGACUGCAGAACAGGACUUACAUUGUCACAACUAUCCUUGAAUCUCCUUACGUGAUGCUGAAGAAGAACCAUGAGCAGUUUGUUGGGAAUGACAAGUACGAGGGCUACUGUGUGGAGUUAGCAGCGGAGAUUGCCAAGCAUGUGGGGUACAACUAUAAACUGGAGAUCGUGAGAGAUGGUAAAUAUGGAGCCAGAGACCCAGACACGAAGAUGUGGAAUGGCAUGGUGGGAGAGCUGGUCUAUGGUAAAGCAGAUGUGGCAGUGGCCCCACUGACCAUCACGCUGGUGAGGGAGGAGGUCAUUGAUUUUUCAAAACCAUUCAUGAGUCUGGGCAUCUCCAUCAUGAUCAAGAAGCCCAUGAAGUCUAAACCCGGAGUGUUCUCCUUCCUGGACCCAUUGGCCUACGAGAUAUGGAUGUGCAUCGUUUUUGCAUAUAUUGGCGUGAGCGUUGUGCUCUUUCUGGUGAGCCGCUUCAGCCCAUAUGAGUGGCAUGCUGAUGACUUUGAAGAAGGUCAGGACCCACAACAGCAGCAGAAUCAGCCCUCGAGCUCCACUCAACAACAGCAGAACCAGAACCAGUCCCCUCAGAAUCAGCAGCAACAGCAGCAGAGUCAAGAGCAGACCAACGAGUUUGGGAUCUUCAACAGCCUAUGGUUUUCCCUCGGGGCCUUCAUGCAACAGGGGUGUGACAUCUCACCCAGGUCUCUCUCGGGCCGCAUUGUGGGCGGUGUCUGGUGGUUCUUCACCCUCAUCAUCAUCUCCUCCUACACGGCCAACCUGGCAGCAUUUCUCACCGUGGAAAGGAUGGUAUCACCCAUUGAAAGCGCCGAGGACCUGGCUAAACAGACCGAGAUUGCUUAUGGAACCCUGGAUGCUGGAUCUACCAAGGAGUUCUUCAGGAGGUCGAAGAUUGCCGUCUUUGAGAAGAUGUGGUCCUACAUGAAGUCGGCAGAGCCGUCAGUAUUUGUGAAGACGACAGACGAAGGCGUACUCAGGGUGAGGAAGUCCAAGGGGAAGUAUGCCUACCUGCUCGAGUCCACCAUGAAUGAGUACAUUGAGCAGCGCAAACCCUGCGACACCAUGAAGGUGGGGGGCAACCUGGACUCCAAGGGCUACGGCAUUGCCACACCGAAGGGGUCCCCUCUAAGAAAUCCAGUAAACCUGGCAGUGUUAAAACUGAACGAGCAGGGCCUCUUGGACAAAUUGAAAAACAAAUGGUGGUACGACAAGGGAGAGUGCGGCAGCGGGGGAGGUGAUUCCAAGGACAAGACCAGCGCUCUGAGCCUCAGUAAUGUGGCCGGGGUCUUCUACAUCCUCAUCGGCGGGCUGGGGCUGGCCAUGCUGGUCGCUCUGGUUGAGUUCUGUUACAAGUCCAGAACCGAGUCCAGGCGAAUGAAGCAAUGCAUCAAUGAUGCCAUGCGGAGCUCCACCUUGACCAGAAUGAGCGGGAACGGCAGUGGAGGUGAGAACGGGCGGAUAGUAACGCACGACUUUCCCAAAACGAUGCAGACUCUCCCGUGCAUGAGUCACGCAGCCAGCUUGGGCCUGGGGACAUCAGGCAUGUGAUGGAACUUACCUGUUGGGAGGCAGAACAGGCAUGCCGUCACACCACGGCAUUCAACUGCUGCCCACCGCAGACAUACUGCCAAAUGGACUCAUGGACUACGCAAAACAGACUGGGGAAAAAAUUUUUUCUAAAGGAAAACUAUUUGUUUAAAAAAAUUAACGUGCUGCAAUAAAUAAGCCGUCUGGACUUUUUAAGAAAAAUGUACAUUUAUGUGCGUAUAAAGAAAAGUAUCUAAAAAGUGACACUUGCGCUGUGGCCGUUCUAUAGACCCAGUUUUCUUUAGUCUCUGUGUGCAAUAUUUUGGUUAUUAUCGGUAUUCAACAACGUUGUCUGCCUUAUGUUUUUUCUGUAAAAUUAUGGAAUUACAAAAAAGGAUUUUUUUUUCCACAAUGAAACUAUUCAUUCAUAUAAAAUAAUAGCAAACCCAAUAUUGUUUACCGCACAGAACGGUAAGUCAAUGUAAUAGAGCCUUUGUUUUAGAAGAUACCAUGUCACUUCAUAGUCAUAUAAUAUUGGAUGGGCACAGUGCUCUGUACUGGAAGAUGUCAAAUUCAUGUAAACUUAAUGCACACAGAAGCGAAAUGACUUUAAGUUUCUAUGCCCAUUUACGAGUUAAUCUCUAUAUUUGAAAUCAGUGACCACCAAAGAUACAUCUUGCUACUAUUACAAAUAAAUAUGAAUUUGUGUGUUAAAAGUAUGAUAAACUUUAAGAGGGCCCCAUUUUUGACUGAUUGACUACAUGGCUGCUAUGUCUGGAC